CAUCACAAUCACACCCGACCCACAUGUCACCCUAUCCUUUGUGGUAACCAGUUAAGGUUCUCCCAGAAGAAUUAGAAUGUUGUACUAACAGUCUCAGACCAAUCCGUCAACAGAAACCAAAAACCCCAAACCUCCACUGGAGGGAUGAUGAGAGCAGCAUCAUCAUCCUUGUGUAAUGCUAAUACAAGGUUGCCAAUCCCAGUUCCCAAUUUUCAACUUUGCCAUAUUACCACUAAAUUCAAUCCCCUCUCUUUAAAAAUCCCAUUUCCAAGCUACCCAAUUGUCCAAAUCUGCUCUCUCAAUUCCCAUCAUCACAAAAAAUUACCCACAAGCAGAAUCACUUCCUCUAGGUCCUUGGUGAUCGAAGCCUCGUCAAUGGCAUCCUCCACUGAGUCGGAGACCAAAACCUUCUCUGUUCUCUUUGUGUGCUUAGGUAACAUUUGUAGAAGCCCAGCUGCUGAGGGUGUUUUCACAGACAUUGUAAAGAAGAGAGGCCUCGACUCCAAAUUCAAGAUUGACUCUGCUGGCACCAUUGGUUACCACGAGGGUAAUCCAGCAGACCCAAGAAUGAGGGCAGCCUCUAAAAGGCGUGGGAUUCAGAUAACAUCCGUAUCGAGGCCAAUAAGACCUUCUGAUUUUAGGGAUUUCGAUAUCAUUCUCGUAAUGGACAAUCAAAAUAGAGAGGAUAUAAUGAAGGCAUUUAAUAGGUGGAAAGUUAGAGAGAAUCUGCCUGAUGAUGCACACCAGAAGGUAAAAUUAAUGUGCUCCUACUGCAAGAAACAUGAUGAGACUGAAGUUCCAGAUCCUUACUAUGGCGGACCACAGGGUUUUGAGAAGGUUUUGGAUCUACUUGAAGAUGCUUGUGAAUCACUAUUGGACAGCAUCUUGACGGCAAAUGGUGACAUUCUAAGUUCAUAAGUCCUGGUUGAAUUCGGUUAAGCACUUAAGCCAACUUGUUGCUCUUCUCGGUCCUUGUAGUAAUGUAAUAAAGAGCUUACAUGUAAUCCAUUAUGAUCAUGCUAGAUCAUAUUCCUUCAUUAUAGACCUCUUGCCAUCCCUGUUUUACCCAUGAUGUAGCUUGAAUUAUUACCUUGAUAUUGGAAUUGAAUAUUGUUUUGGAUGAUAAAUUUGAGGCAGCAAUAAGCUUUGCUGAAUCAAAUAAUUAGCCCAGUGUGUUCAGGCAA